CGUUAGGGGUCAAGCGGAGGGCUGUAAAGUCUCCUGCUCUUCAUCCAACCUUCUCGUUCCCAGCCGUCUCCGAACAUAAAUUCCAAGAAUGACGCAGCCAUGGCGGCCACCCACGAAUGUUUAUCUCUCUCCAAUAUGCGGCAUGCAGGAUGUUGACAGCUGAACUAUUGGCAUGAACAUGCUUUUUCCCCUUGAUUUGACUUUGGGCAUAUCGUUCGUUUCUGGACUGUAACCUCCGUCUAUCCUUAUCAUUAUUACGUUGAUCCUGCGACCCGAAGGCCUGUGCGACUCUGGAAAAUACCUCCCUAGACAAUGCCUGCGUUGAAUGUUUGUUGCUUCACAUUCCAACGAUCGCAACCUCCUCGGUCCUGCUACAUAUAGUGAAAUCCCGCUCGAGUAAUUGACAAGUCGACAUACGCAAAGAUCCAGGACUCGUCUCCCUCCAGCACCCCCCGCCCCUCAGCUGCUGCAGCUGAUCUUCAUCCUCACUCCACCCGUUCCCGAGCUGUUUCGGCUCCGGUUUGAAGCAGCUUCCCGAGACUCGUCCCGAACUUUGGAGUAACCCCAGACCAGACCGAAAUCACAGGGCUUUGCGGACAGCGAAACAAAGGCAUUGUGGAGCGAGCCACAGCAGUGCAAGAGCGGGACGCGGCAAACAAUCAAACAAAGACCUUUGUAAGAGGUGGGAAGGCAAAAGUCCUCGAUGCGAGGAAAUCAUGCCUCACGCGACGCAGGCCCGGAGCCUCGCGAAUUGGGCAACAAGGAGGAGGCUUCUUUUCAGGUGAUCGUGCUGGGAUCUACAGGCGGACCUCGAGAAGACAAUAUCACAGGGUUGUUGGUGAGGGCACCGCAGUCGGAAUGGCGCAAGAGUUCCAUGAUCGCGGUGGAUGCGGGAGCGCACUUGUCUAGCAUGAUCCGCAUCCUUCAGAGAGAAAUGCCACUGAUGUCGGAGAAAGUGCCGGCCAAGGGAUACUCGCAACUGUUGGAAAAGGGCCCCUUUGCAGGCCUUCGCUUUCCCAAUAUCAGUGCAAAGGCCAAUGCACUGUACAUCUUCCGCGAAAUUCUCCACGGCUUCCUCAUCACGCAUCCGCAUCUAGACCACCUCUCGGGCAUGGCAAUCAACACACCGGCGCUCGAAUAUGGCAGGGAAGCCAAAGCGAUUGUGGCUCUGCCGUCCACCAUCGAGGCCAUCAAGAAUCACAUAUUCAAUGACUGGCUUUGGCCAAACUUGUCAGACGAGGGGAAUGGAGUUGGCUUCGUGACCUAUAGACGGCUGAUCGAGGGUGGAAAUCCUCGUUUAGGACUGGGCGAAUCUCGAGGUUAUGUCAACGUCUGCGACGGGUUGGCUACCAAGUGCUGGAGCGUGAGCCACGGCAAAUGCCACAGAAGGGCACACAGCGCAUCCUUUCAGCAUGGCGACUCUUUCGGGUACCCACCCGACUACAACUUUCCAUCUAGAAGACUGUCGCGGAUAUCAGACGAUCAUGGUUAUUUUGCCGCGGUCGCUCAACAACAGUCACAAAAUGCCGGUGCCUAUCCGCCUGGGCCAGUCCAGAUGUCCGCUGGUCCAGUCACGCCCGGCGGACCUCUCGCCUCGAACAUUUUGGACAACUGUCAUCUGUUUGAGCCAGUCUCAAGUUCCGCGUUCUUCAUUCGCAAUGAUGCGACGGGGAACGAGCUACUGAUCUUUGGCGAUGUUGAGCCCGAUUCGGUCAGUCUAUCCCCUCGCAACCACAUCGUCUGGGAUGACGCGGCUGGGAAAGUUGCGAGUGGAAUGCUCAAAGGCAUCUUCAUCGAGUGUUCAUAUGAUGACAGCGUGCGCAACGAGGAUCUUUAUGGGCACCUCUGCCCAAGGCACCUGGUUGCAGAGCUCACCUUCCUAGCCAAUUGUGUCUUGAAUCGGCGAAAACAGAAGACCUCCAACGACGGUGCCGCCACCGACGCGCUCCUAGACGGGCAAACACCUGGUCGGCCCGUUGGAGCCUCAUCAGUACCUGAUUUGAUGAUGCGACAGCCACCGACACCCUCAGAGCUGAAACGCAAACGAAAACGGGCAAUGAAUGGAGAUCUAGCCUCCACGCCCGAACUCGCACGCGCCAGUUUUGACGGCUUGCCUUCACCACAACCUAUUCCCAGCGGGUACGUGGGUAACCGAUCGGUCUCGUCGACCCGCCGAAAGCGUUCACAUGAGCCGCGAGAGAGCGACCACGCAGCUGCCCCGCCCACUCCAGGGCGCGGUCGCAAUGUCACCUUCCAAGCCGAUUCGGCCGCUGUGCCAGUCCCAUCAUCGAGCGACCCUGCACUCGCGGCGGCAACAACAACAACCUCGACGGUUCAGAAUCACCAGCACCCAUCUUCCCUCUCCGGUCCAGCAAACUACCAGCGGGAAAAGCUUCCCGAGCCUCUAAAAGGUGUGACAGUACAUGUUAUUCAUGUGAAGGAUACGUUGAUGGAUGGUCCCGCUCCAGGGGACGUUAUUCUCGGGCAGCUUCGGGCUUUGGGUGAGGAAGCAGGUUUAGGAUGCGACUUUAAUGUGACGAAUUGUGGGGAUAGUAUCUGGGUGUAGCGAUGAUGAGAUUGUUUGGGAAAUGUAAACAGGAUUUAUCAUGAGAUUGAGGAACUGGUAAGGGGCCAACGGCUUGGGAGUGCAACGGCGGCAACGAGACUGGCGAUUGCACUAUGGAGGCGGCAUCAAGCUGUGAGGCCGUGUUCGAAUUCCUUUCAUAGUGUUGGCUAUUCCUACACUGACUGUAUGAAUUGACAUUGAUAUUUGAUCUUCG